AUGGAUAGAGAAAAUCACUCAGCUGUGUCAGAGUUUUAUUUCCUGGGACUCACCAACUCCUGGGACAUCCAACUAUUACUCUUUGUCCUUUCCUCUAUGUUUUACAUGGCAAGCAUGAUGGGGAACUCCCUCACUGUGAUCACAGUUGCUUCUGACCCUCACUUGCACUCCCCCAUGUACUUUCUGUUGGCCAACCUCUCCUUCAUUGACUUGGGUGUUUCUUCUGUCUCUUCUCCUAAGAUGAUUUGUGAUCUUUUUAGAAAGCACAAAGUUAUCUCAUUUAGAGGGUGCAUCACUCAAAUCUUCUUCAUCCAUGUCAUCGGUGGAGUGGAGAUGGUGUUGCUCAUAGCCAUGGCCUUUGAUAGGUAUGUGGCCAUUUGUAAACCUCUCCACUACCUGACCAUUAUGAAUGCUAGAAUGUGUUUCUUCUUCUUAGUUGCUGCCUGGAUGAUAGGCCUCAUGCACUCUGUGGUUCAACUGGCUUUUGUUGUAAACUUACCUUUCUGUGGCCCUAAUGUGUUGGACAGCUUUUACUGUGACCUUCCUCGGCUCAUUAAACUUGCCUGCACAGACACCUACCACCUGGAAUUCAUGGUCACGGUCAACAGUGGAUUCAUCUCUGUGGGCUCUUUCAUUAUACUGAUCAUUUCAUACGUCAUCAUCAUUCUCAGUGUUCAGAAACACUCUUCCACGGGUUCCUCCAAGGCUCUGUCCACUCUCUCAGCUCACAUCACUGUGGUAGUCUUGUUCUUUGGCCCUUUGAUAUUUUUCUAUACAUGGCCAUCUCCUUCCACACACCUGGAUAAAUUUCUGGCCUUCUUUGAUGCAGUUCUUACUCCUUUUCUGAAUCCAGUCAUCUAUACACUCAGGAAUCAAGAGAUGAAGGUGGCAAUGAAGAAAGUAUUCAGACAGUUAGUGAGUUAUAGAAAGUUAUUUUAA